UACUUAAAUCAAAAAUGAAAAGCUUCACUUCCAAUAGAAACGUUUUUAUUUUAAACAUGCUCAUAAUUAAAUGUAUGAUCACGCUCAUGCAUGUGCAAGAAGAAGCAGUUGGCUGAGUUCAGUUAUUCUUGUUUGCUGUCGGUUCGGACCGAAAAAGUAAUUUCGUGUAUUUCCUUUGAUAUUUUGUGAACAAAAUGAAUAACUCGUUGCAAAUUGGACAUUCUGUUUAUAAUUUCGAUAACGCUGAAUCAGAAGAAGUGUGUGAAAAUUUAGAAGGAGUUGUUGUUGCUACCACACCAGUUGUUGACAAUGACGAUGAGGAGAAGAUGGUCGAGCUGCUAAAAGAAUUCGAAAUGGAGAAUGUUUUGCCAUUCCUAAAAGGUGAGAAAUGACUUAAUAAAUUAAUAUUUUAAUCAACUUAAUUAAUUCUCUAUUAUUAUAUCCGACCGCGAUCUGCAGCUUCGCAGAUAACUUUUAGAAGCCUUAAAUUUCUUAGAGGUGCUGACCUAAAGGAAGCCAUUCCGCCGCUGGGUCUACGUGUGGAGUUUAGAGAGAAAUUAUUCAUGUGGAAGAAGAAAGAGAAUCAACAUUUGACUAACGGGAACCGGGACGACCUCAUAAGCGUUGUCAUUGACGAAGUUAUUGCAAAUGACAUUAUACUAAGAGGGAAUGAUUUUGUGAAUUUGCUAGAGCAGAUAAUAAAUCUCUUUCCAAACGAAAAGGGUGCCCGGGAAUACUAUUAUAUUCCGCGCAAGGGUAAAAAAUGCCCUAGUGGAAAGCUGUACGGGAAAUACGUCAAUCAACGCAGUAAGAAAAGGAAGACAAUAUACCUUGAACAAAACACACCAUCACCUGCUAGUACUAAGACUAAUCCUUCCACGAAAAAUUACGAAGUUCCUGAAAUUUAUUUUACGAUGUGUAGAGCAUUAAAAGCAUCUCUCAGUAGAAGCAUUGCAGAUUGGAAUGAAGUCAGAGAUAAAUGGCAAAAGACAUUUAACUUGCGACAGAAUGACAUAAAGGAACUGACCAACAUUGAUUUUCUCCAAGCGUGGCCCAAAUAUUCUGAUUCGCGGGCUCCUGACUUGAUAAAACUUGACUUCAACCUGACAAGGAGGAUUGCUUGUAUUCGAAAUGGGAAAUGUUUACGGAAAAAAUUCAACGAUUUUAUGAAACUAAUCUACACAACGAUUUCUGCAAACAGCUCUUUUCUCUUGCUAAAGCUUCAACGAACAAAGAUACGCAAGACUACAUUCUUACAACGCUGCUGAAUGGAGUUCUUCCACCUUCAUCAAGGUUUCAAAGUUCCUGCGGAAAGCUAAGAAAGAAAGCAACAAUAGCAGACUCGCAACAAAGCUUUGUUUUACGAUUAACUUCAAUCAACGAUUACGAAAGGAAAAUUACUGAGUUGAUAAGUAUGUACUAUUCUGCAGGAAUGACAAUACAGCCUUUUAUAAUUGUGGAAGGAAUAGCUGAGGGUGAUAUAACAGGAUUUUAUAUAUAUUUUGAUAAAACAUUGUAUAAAUUUGAUUCGUUUCUAGAAUGCCUAGAUAUCUGUUUCAAAAUUUUUCACACUCUUUGCCUAAAAUAUCCUCAGGCAUGUGAAACUUCUUGGGUUUUUUUACAACAGUUUUUUUUGGAAAUUUAUACUGAAUAUGACUGCAAGCCGGCAAAUUUAACGUCUCUUUUGAAUUUUAUGACAUAUAAUUAAUUGCUUUAAAAUGUUUAUUUGCUUCGAGUGCCACAAAAAAUUUGCAGAAAUUGAUACCUUAAUAUGUCAUUUUAAAGUAGAUCAUAAGCUUUCUACGAAACUUUUACCACUGCAAUGCAAGCAAGAUAACUGUAAUCAAUUAUUUACAAAAUUUACUUCGUUCCGCAAUCAUUUACAAAAUACUCAUACAAAAUUUAAAAACACAUACGAACCAAACGUAACUCCAACUGAAGCUAUAACGAUACCGAUUUUAAGUAAUAAUUUAAGUACGGAAACAGAACCUCAAGAUGUUGAUAAUUCAUCAAUGCAAAAUAUUGUUAAUGAAACUAAAAAUCUAAAGAAAAAGGCACUGUAUUUAUCUUUAAGUUUGUAUGCUCAAAACAAUUUGCCUAGGAAACAAGUAAUCGAUAUUCAGACUAUGGUAUCUUCUUUGCUUUUGUCCGUAUCCUUUACUAUUCAGCAUGUAUUAAGCUCAGAGGCUAUCAGUGAUGUCAAUGAAGACUUACAAUUAUUGCUAGAGUUUUGCAAGAACCCAUUUCAGGAAAUAAGUUCCGAAUAUAGGCUUUUAAGAUAUUAAAGGAGCUUAAUUUAUAUGAACAUCCAAAGACUAUAAUCAUUAAAAAAUCUGUUACUGAAACAACAAAACACGGGAACCCAACCUUAACUCCUAAAUCUUUCGACAUAUAUAUUAUGCCUUUAAAUUUUCAGUUCAAAGCUAUUUUUGAGAGUCCAUGCCUUCUGGAGAGCACAUUACAGAACACAGAAAGAUACUUGAAAGAAAGUAGUAUACAGAACUUUGUUAGCGGCGAAAUAUUUAAAUCACGAAAAGAUAAAAUUCAAUCUGAGUUAGUUAUACCAUAUAUUCUUUAUUUUGAUGAUUUCCAAAUCAACAACGCGCUUGGCAGCCAUACUUACUCGAUAUGUGGAUGCUAUUUUAGUUUUCCGUCAAUGCCAAAACAUCUGUUAUCAAAACUAGAAUACAUUUUCCAUGGAGCUUUCAUUUCAACAAAAACAGUUAAAUGCAGUGGUGUUGAGAACUCGUUUUAUUACCUUGUAGAAGAGCUAAAGCUCCUUGAAGAAGGCAUUGAAAUUUUAACAAAAAAUGGAAAUAAAAAAGUUCAUUUUAUAUUAGGUUUAGUAAUAGGAGGCAAUUUAGCCGUUAAUAGCAUAAUGGGGUUUGUUCAAUCUUUUAAUUCUAAGAGAUACUGUCGUGUUUGCACUAGGACUAAAGACCAAAUGAGAAACGAUGUAUCAGAAAAACAAGAAGCUUUGAGAGAUGACGAAAGCUAUUACAAAGACUUAUUAGAAAAUAAUUAUCAGGAAACCGGAAUAAGGGAAGUUUGUGUUUUUGAUAGCUUGAAAUAUUUCAAUGUGACCGAAAAUUUUUCAUUUGAUUUAAUGCAUGAUGUUUUCGAAGGAGUUUGCAUAUAUGAUGUUUGUAAUGUUUUGUUAAGCUUAAUCAAAGAUAAGGUCAUAACACUCGAUAUUAUAAACAGCAGAAAACAAUUUUUCCAGUUUGGUAAAAUAGAAAUAGGCAAAAAAUCUCCCCAUUUAGAAGCCGGUAGAUUAAAAACUUAUAAUCUAAAAAUGUCUGCUUCUGAACCACUAAUGAUAGGAGACUUGAUACCACGAGAUAACGAACACUGGACUUUUUUUUAAUUCUGUCACAAAUAAUCGAAUACUUAUUAAAACCGCAGAUUUCCACUGACGAGCUAGUUUGUUUAGAAGAGCUGAUUAAAUCGCAUCCCUCUAUUCAUAUUAGGCUUUUUGGGAUAUUAAAACCCAAACAUCAUUUCCUUGUGCACUACGCCACAGCUAUUAAAAACUGCGGACCUCUUAAAUACAUUUGGAGCAUGCGUUUUGAAGCGAAGCAUAAAGAAGCUAAAGUAUAUUUUACAAGCAUAACAUCGAGAAUUAAUCCUCCAUAUUCCUUAGCAAUAAAGUCCAGCUUAAAAUUUUCAAAAUUUUUGUUAGAUAACGAAAAAUCAUUUGAAUCAAUUAUUAGAUAUAAAAAUUACGAAAUUUUAGAUUUGACGAAA